UUAAUCCUCGAUUGUAGCGGGAUUUCAAUAUAGUUACGUUGUUCAAGGGCCAACAGGCCAUUCUAUGUCUACCUUACCUACGGGACACUCUGGUGAUAACGGAAAUGAGAAAAAUAUUAUUGGCGGAAAUUUAGUCCCAUAUUUUACUUCACCCGAUUCGUAUGGAGGAUCAACUUCAUCUAAUGGGAAUGGUACAGAUAAUCAGCUUUCGGAAUCUAUUAAUCACAAUCCAUCAAAUUAUCACAUUUUAGUCUCAGCGCCAUGUUAUCGAAGUCAAUUACCAGCUGAAUAUGAAUACGGGGAAGCACGGGAAUGUGUUAAUUGUGGAGCGAUGUCAACACCUUUAUGGCGUCGAGAUGGAACAGGUCAUUAUUUGUGUAACGCUUGUGGUCUUUACUCAAAGAUAAAUGGUAUGAAUCGACCACCAAUUAAACCACACAAAAAGAUUCCCAAUAAUCGUCGGGCCGGAUUAUCGUGCUCAAACUGUGGCACUGGACAAACAACUCUUUGGAGGCGUAAUAUUGAAGGUGCGCCCGUUUGCAAUGCUUGUGGCCUUUACUUUAAAUUACACGGUGUCCCACGUCCGAUGACGAUGAAAAAAGACGGCAUUCAAACGCGAAAACGUCGACCGAAAAAUCCAGCAGGAUCAACUAACACAAUCCAAUCAACAAAUGGAUUAGUUAAUCAAGCAAAUAAUCAUCAUCACCAUCAACAGCAGCAACAACAACACCAACAACAACAGCAACAGCAACAAAUUCAAAACCCUCACCAAUCCUUACAAUCACAAUUAGUUCAAGCCUCACAAUCUCAAUUAAUGCAUCAACAACAACAACAACAACAACAACAGAAUCAAUUAGUUAAUCCAUCAUCAAAUAAUCCCCACAUUCAGCCACCGAUGAUCGUCAUGCACACAAGUGUAAUACAAUCUUUGACUUCACUCGAUGAUUAACCAAAUCGACGAAACAAUUAACUUUCUGCGCCUUAGCAAGUUGUCAAUUCCGUCAGAUGAAACUAGAACGGCAACAAUCAGAAUCGAUAAUCGUUCAUCUAAUUUUGUCAUUUGUUUCAAAACAUUUUUUUCUCAUUAAUAACUAAUCAAUAUAAUCAUUAUUUGGAGUGGAACCAUUGAAAAAAAUCUAAUUUCUUUUGCUCGA